AUGAAUAACCGCGACCCGUUCGGCCUUCGACCCUCCAUCGCGCCCAGGAACGCCUUCACCCUGCUGCAGCAGUCGGCCGCGCGCAACGCCCAGAAGUACUCGAAGCAGUUUGUCGAGCACGGCCAGCACGCCCUAGAGCGCGGUCAGCAGGCCUUCGAGGACGGCAUUGACGCCAUCGAGCCGCAUCGACAAGCCAUUGAGACGGCCCUGUCCACCGCCGCCCAGGAAGCCAUGUCCUUCGCCGUCCCGCGCACCCAGCCCGACUUUGAGCAUCCCCAGCGCCCCCAAGAGGACUCGGCCUGGGGAAGCUCCAGCCGCGCCCGCUUUCCGGAUAAUAAUGCUGGUGUCUCCGAGCGCAUCGGCGGCAUGUUUGGCACUGGUGAGAAGGAGCUGCCCAUGUACAAGGACAAGCCGUACAACUACGCCGCGUCGGGCAAGGGGGCGCCGUGGUUCAAGAGAAGGAGGAUUCAGGCCUUGUUGCUGCUCGGUUUGAUUACUGUGCUGUACUGGCUGGGCAUAUUCUCAAGCUCGGAUCGUGAGUCGUCCAAGGACACGCCCAGCGCGAGCAGUCUGUGGAAGAACAUGUUCGCUUCUAGGCCUCCGGCCGCUGUCGACUGGGCCGAGAGGCAGGAUAGGGUGCGGGAUGCCUUUAAGCUCAGCUGGGACGCGUACGAGAAGUACGCCUGGGGAUACGACGUGUUCCAUCCCAAGUCAAGAAACGGUCGCCAGAUGGUCGAGGGUGGAAUGGGCUGGAUUAUCGUGGACGCCUUGGACACACUCAUCCUCAUGAACCUCACGACGCAGCUGACGCACGCGCGCGAAUGGGUUUCGACGGCCCUGACCUACGAGAAGGACCACGACGUGAACACUUUCGAGACUACGAUUCGUAUGUUGGGCGGCUUGCUUUCGGCGCACUACCUCACCACUGAGUUUCCUGAUUAUGCGCCGAUUCCAAUGGUCAAAGGCUCGGCCGACGAGGACCUGUUCCUUGAGAAAGCGACUGAUCUCGCAGACCGCCUGCUCGGUGCCUACGAGUCGAGGUCUGGCAUUCCGUACGCUAGCAUCAAUCUCAAGACGAUGGAGGGUAUCAAGUCGCACGCGGACAUGGGCGCCUCGUCCACGGCCGAGGCCACGACCCUGCAGCUGGAGAUGAAGUACGUGGCCAAGCUGACGGGUGAGGCGAACUACUGGAAAAAGGCCGAGAAGGUCAUGCAAGUGGUGGACGACCUCGCGCCGACCGACGGUCUUGUUCCCAUCUUCGUGCAGCCCGAGUCCGGCCGCUUCCAGGGCGACAACAUCCGCCUCGGCAGCCGCGGCGACUCGUACUACGAGUACUUGAUCAAGCAGUACCUGCAGACGGCGAAGCAGGAGCCCGUGUAUCUCGACAUGUGGGACGAGUCGGUCAUGGGCGUCCGCAAGCACCUCAUCACCUACUCGUACCCGUCCAACUUCACCGUGCUCGCCGAGCGCCCCAACGGCCUCGACAGCGCCCUAUCCCCUAAAAUGGAUCACCUGGUGUGCUUCAUGCCGGGCACGAUCGCGCUGGGCGCCACGGAGGGCCUGACGGUCGAGGAAGCGCGCAAGAGCAGCAAGUGGGGCGCCAAGCAGGAAGCGGACAUGCAACUGGCCGAAGAGCUGAUGAAGACGUGCUGGGGCAUGUACAAAGCAACGGCGACCGGUCUGGCGCCCGAGAUCACCUACUUCAAGACGUGGGACCCACCGCACAUGUGGGCGGACUACAGCUCGGCGGACCUGCCGACCAGCCCGGCGUCCUUCAGCCCCGCCCCCGACGCCCCCUGGAAGGAAGACUUUGUCAUCAAGCCCGCCGACACGCACAACCUGCAGCGCCCGGAGUCGGCCGAAAGCCUCUUCUACAUGUACCGCAUCACGCGCGACGUGCGCUACCGCGAGUGGGGCUGGGAAAUGUUCCAGGCCUUUGUCAAGCACACGCUGCUGGAGGACGGGAGCGGCUUCACGUCGCUGGGUGAUGUGACGACGGUCCCGCCCAGCAUGCGCGAUAAUAUGGAGAGCUUCUGGAUGGCCGAGACGCUGAAGUAUCUCUUCCUGCUGUUUGGCGAUGAGGAUGUCUUGCCCCUCGACAAGGUCGUGUUUAAUACCGAGGCGCACCCGUUUCCGACGUUUGAGAUGGGGAAGCUGUUUAAGACGGGGUGGGAAAGGAAGCCCAGGAAGCAGCAAUAG